AUUCAUUUAUUUAGUUUGGAGGUGACAUUGCUCUUUAAACUGCUUUAAACAUACUGGUGUUAAUGGAUAAACAUCUAUUUUCAAGUUUCUUUAUUCUUAAUCGAUCGAUUAUGUGUACUGCUCCACUUUCGUAGACAUUAAAUUUCCUCAAAUUGGGGGCGAAGUACGUCGUCCAACAUGGCAACACUGAAGUUAUUACUCCUCGUUUGGCCAGAUAUAAACAGGUUUGGCUCCGUCGCUUUCUUGCGGAACCUAUUUUCGUAGGCUGAACCACCACGACACUUGGUUUCUGUGUGUGCAUUGUGCCGGAAUAUCUGAGUGGUAGUUACAGGCCUAAUGCCACACGAAAGCAAACUUUUAGUAAUUUAUUAUGCGUUCACGUAAGAGUGAAAUAUGACGCUAGACCGCAAAGCUAAAGCCAAAAUCAAUAAAAAGAAAAAAAACUUGUAAAGAUAUAAAUGAAAGGACCGAAUGCAACCAAGCGCCACGUGAAGGGGGAGGGAUAUGAUGUCUACGGAUUGGCUGUCAUCUCGUAACCCUACAGACUGACGGCCUUUCUGCCAUAGAAAUCGAUUGACUAGAUACGACGGUUUAAAAGAGAAUGGCAAAUAUAGAGUAGUAAACAGCACGUUUUUGGUGUAUAAUGAUGUGAUUAAAUAUCGCUCGCUGUUUAUUCACAAUUACGUACUGAGUUCGUGUGAAAAUGAAUAGCGUUAUGUAAAUGAAACACUGCGUCAAGUCCGGUCUAGGUGGCGCAUCUCUAUGGUCUCGGCCUUUCUGCGGGAUGACAAAAUCCAGCGGACGCGAGCAGACGCGCGCAGUACCAGCUACAAUGGCCACUAUGGACUCCUAAAGCAAGGGCGGUGGACGUUCUUAAAUCCACGAACAUCGCCCUAAAUACUGGCCUGGUUUCCUCUCAGAGCUGCUAAAAAUAAACUGGAAUAAAUUCUGUACACGAAUAUAUAAUUAUUUCCGACAAAUAUAUAUCAGCAAAGAGAUUAUAGAGCAUAUUAAAGCGAACAUGUAAACAGAACCAACCGGCUUAAGUUUUGAUUUUCAGUUUGUGAAACAAUGUCCAUUUAUGAUGGACUUUAUUUGUUUCUAGUCUUAAAGACCGCUUGUUCAAGGAGCCAAGCACCUAUCUAAAGCCCGGUUCCGGACAAGGAUAGCUAACUAAAAAGGAGACUUCAUUCUUUCUUUUUGUUUUUGAGAGCUAGCUAGCUAGCUUCUUAGCAUAGCUAGCCAAACAGACGAGGAGAAAGUACGCAGUGUCCUGAAUGUUUUUGGGGGGUUUUGCGAGCUGCAAGAAUCACACUCUUGAACGAUAUACAGCAGAUUACCAAUAAAUAGAUCUCUGUCAGUUUCAUCGAUUCAAGGCUUUUUUUUAAUUCCAAAAGAAAAACGCAUGCUGCUCAAGUUGGCCGGGGAUGAAUUCUGGAUAAACCGUGAGCAAACGUGAGCGCCGCCGUGUUUGUGGUGACUUUUACACUAUUUUAAUACUUUUACCCGAUGUUUGAAAGCGUUUUCCCCCGGUUUCUGAUGUUUAAUGUUUUAUCCUGACCGCAGAGAUCCGCGUCUGGGAGAGGGACCGUCGCUGGCGUAAGGUAUGCCUGGAUCAGACCGUCACCAUGGGACCAAAAGGAAGUCGGAAUCUCAGUAUCAACAAGCAGCUACUGGAAACAGCAGCUUGGGCCUUUCUCAUGCGAGCAAGGAUGUCAGGUAUCAACCUAAAUCGACAGCAUCGUCGACUUCAUCGCCGAAACACAAGCGACACAAGCCACCGAAAUAUGGCAGGGACGCGACGGCGGAGCCCCCCGUUGUCUCUGUGCCAAGCACCGUAGCCACUCCGACAGUUGGUGCCAUCAAACCACUGGUGGAGUAUGACGAUAUAAGCUCCGAUUCGGAUACUUUUUUCGAUCCGCCAGCACCCGCAAAAUCGACUGAUCGAAGAGACACCGAACGCCUAGAGACGUCCGAUUAUGUUAAAGGAGACGGGGGAGGGGCGGGGGGAGGCAAAGAAAUUCGGACUCAUAAACAUAGGCGCUCCCGGAAGAAGUCCAAAGACCCACAUCGAGUGAGAGAGUCAGGAGAGGGGGGCGUCGUGUUGGGCAAAAAGAAGACCAGCAAAGACCGCGAGAGAGGAGGCAGAGAGGGCAAGUUAAAGAGCAAGGACAAACUCUCCUCGGCUGUGGGGCAGUCCUCUGUGCCCUCGCGACCCGAGGGUGAUUUGGUGAACAAACGCGCAAGUGACAGUUUGCCUUCUGCGGUUGCUCUGCCGGCUGGCGGGAGUCUGGGCAGCAGCGCAUCCUCGUCCACCUCCUCGUCUCGGAGCAAAGAGAGCGGGCGUUCCUCCAAGUCCCAUAAGGACAAACAGAGGCGGGAGGGUCGCAGCGAAAGUAGCAGGUCCUCUGCCAAAGCCGAACACUCAGACAGGAGCCACCACAAAGCGUCCAGGGCCCACAAGUCUAGCCCCAAGGGCAAGGCCCCAUCUCGGGGCAGCCCACGCCGCAGGGCCCUCACAUAUACUCCCAGCCCAAGAAGAGCAGGAGGCAGCAUUUCCUCACCAGCGGACCUGGAAGAUGGCUACUCCUCUCGGCGCAGGGUGGCCAGCCCAAGCCCAUACCGAGAGUCAUCACGGCGAAGUAGGCAGAGGUCAGACAGCCCCUACGUCCGCAGGAGAUCCUCCAGCUACGAGAGAGACGGCAGUCCCUACGGCAGCCGACGCUCAUCCAGCACCAGUCCUGUGUCCCGGCGCUCCCUACGAUCACGCAGUCGCUCACCUCUCUACCUGUCCUCUCGCCGAUCCUCUUCACACUCACGGAACAAGAAGCAUUCUUUAUCAGGCGGAACUGUUGGCGGCUCCUCCCACAGCAGUCGACCAACCAGUCGUUCUCCAUCUUCCUCUCGCCUGCCAAUCACCUCAAGCCUCGGGGCGGAGCUCAGCCGCAGGAAGAAAGAGCGACAGGCAGCAGCCGCCCGUAGCUUGUCCGCCUCUCGCCAGUCCAACACGGCACUACCCUCGCAGCCACAAGACUCACAGGCAGAGCCAGAGGUGGCUCUGCCUCCUGAGCCCCAAAGAGUGCCCCCUCCUACUCAGAGUACACACUCAGUGGAGGGAGCAAAUGUAGCUCCUCCUCCACCUCUCCCCCUUUCUUCUCCUCCUCCACCUCUCCCACUCAACUCUCCGCCCCCUCUGCCUCUGUCGUCUCCGCCCCCUCUCCCGCUAACCUCUCCACCCGGCUCCUCCAUCCUUGUGCCUCCGAUGCCCCCAGUCGCCACUAAAAGCCCCGGUCACAAAAACACACAAAACAUGGCUCACCCACUCAAAACAUCGACCCUCCCCCCCCUCCCACUACCUCCUGCGCUGCUGGGAGAUUGCAGAGACAGUCCGAAAAAGGCUUUGCCUACACACAGGUCCUCAAGGAAAGAACGGGAAAAAGAAAAAGAAAAAGACAAGGAGGUUAGGACACGCCUACUCAGUGACUUGCCCUUCCCUCCUUUAUUGUCUGGAGGAGACCCUUCCCCGCCACUGUCCCCUAUGCACGAGGUCCUCCCCCCUGUUUCGUCCACCUAUAAGAAGAGACCAAAAUUUUGCUGUCCACGCUUUGGUGAGAGAAGACAAACACAGAUCGACUGGGGAAAGCGAUGUGUUGACAAAUUUGACAUCAUUGGCAUCAUUGGGGAGGGGACUUAUGGCCAGGUGUAUAAAGCCAAGGACAAGGAUACAGGUGAGCUGGUGGCCUUGAAAAAAGUUCGGCUGGAUAAUGAGAAGGAAGGGUUCCCCAUCACAGCCAUCCGGGAGAUCAAGAUACUGAGACAACUCAACCAUCGCAGUGUCGUCAACAUGAAGGAGAUUGUCACCGACAAGCAAGAUGCACUAGACUUCAAAAAGGACAAAGGUGCAUUUUAUCUGGUGUUUGAGUACAUGGACCAUGACCUGAUGGGUCUGCUGGAGUCGGGGCUGGUGUCCUUCUCCCAGGAGCAUGUGCGAAGCUUUAUGCGCCAACUCAUGGAAGGCCUGGACUAUUGCCACAAGAAGAACUUUCUGCACAGAGAUAUCAAAUGCUCCAACAUCCUGCUGAAUAACAGUGGUCAGAUAAAGCUGGCGGACUUUGGCUUGGCACGCCUGUAUAACUCAGAGGAAAGUCGGCCAUACACCAAUAAGGUGAUUACACUGUGGUACCGCCCACCAGAGCUGCUCCUGGGGGAGGAGAGAUACACGCCAGCCAUAGACGUCUGGAGCUGUGGGUGCAUACUGGGGGAGCUCUUCACUAAGAAACCCAUAUUCCAGGCCAAUCAGGAACUGCUGCAGCUGGAGCUCAUCAGUCGUCUGUGUGGCAGCCCGUGUCCUGCAGCGUGGCCCGACGUCAUUAAACUCCCCUACUUCAACACUAUGAAACCGAAGAAACAGUACCGACGCCGCUUAAGAGAAGAAUUUUCCUUCUUGCCCUCAGCUGCUCUUGACCUGCUGGACCGGAUGCUGACCCUUGACCCCUCACGGAGAUGUACGGCAGAGCAGGCUCUCGCGAGCCACUUCUUAUGUGAUGUGGAUCCCAGUAAGAUGCCCCCCCCAGAUUUGCCUCACUGGCAGGACUGCCACGAGUUAUGGAGCAAGAAGCGUCGGCGCCAGAGGCAGAGUGGGGUGUCUGAGGACGUGCCUGUUCCCAAAGUGCCCCAAAAGGACCCAGGAGGAGUCACCAGCAAAGAGAACAACCACCCUCCCCCGAGCCCACCCGGCCCCCCGCCUUCUGCUCGCGCCACUGCCAUCCCAACCGGUGACCUUGCAGGUCUGGGAGCAGCGGCCGAGCAGUUGAAUCAGACCGAGAUGGCUGUGCUUCUGAACCUGCUGCAGGGUCAGACAGAGCGUCUGACGCUACCCCAGAUGGCUGAGCACCUCCUCAGCACCUGCUCUGAGGCUUCCUCAUCCUCAUCCUCGUGCCUCCCUUCUGCUGCCCCCGCUGCCCCCGCCGCCCCUGCCGCCUCCACCCCCGAGCCGGAGUCCUGCCAGCAGGUGGAGCUGCUUGGCCACACCCUCUCCUCCCUCCUGCAGGCCUCCGGUAACCCGCAGUCCGCUGAGCCUCCCCCACAGGACGACCCAGCCGCCCUGCUUACGCUCCUACUGAGCCAGCUAAUUAAAGCCCCGCCUCAGGGGUUGGGGCAAGCAGACGAAAGCAACGGUGUCCAAUCAGAUGAGGCAGUGACACGAGGCAACCCGACCUCUAUUUCAGGAGGCGAUUGCAAGGACAUGAUGUUAGCAAGCAAAAAGGUGAUUGGCCCAAACUCCGCAUUGACCCUAAACCUUCCGGCUGCAGCUACAUCGUCGCAUUCUGAUGACAUCAGCCCAGACAUGGCAGCUGCCCUCCUCCAGCUGAUCUCCCAGCAUGCUUCAGAGGGCCAGGCAACUUCCUCAGACUCACAGGCUCGCCAGCCCUUCGCUCAGAGCACAAGCCAGCCGGCGGCCUCCUCUCCCCUGCCUCAGGCCCCGGGGCAGCUGGAGCCCGACACUAACACGAGCACGGACGCUCAGUAUCCUCGGGACCAGGACCUCCGCUUCACCACGGAGUCCUGCAGGGAAGGCGGACAAGACCACCGUUCAGACUCAUGAAAUGCUCCGCUCAUGGACUCCACCCCUUUCUGCCGACCAGAGUGUUUUUGCUGACAGUGGCCUGAUUUGCUCUCCAGUGGGCUUUACAUUAACUACCAGUUAUGUUUUCAAUUUAUUUUUAUUUCUAAAUGCAGAGGACAAAAUAGAGGAGCAGUUGGGUCUUUAGACUGUUGCGCAAUACAUUUAGUUUCUCAGAUGAUUCAUUAACAUUGUCGUUUACAGUGUCUUCUGUCUCCUAUGUCCUCUCAUUCACUUUCUUUAAGCCACAUUUAUUCAAGAAGAAAUCACAUUUAUUCAUUUCUGCAUAUACACACAUUUGUCUGAAAUCUUUCAAAUCUGCACACAGUCAAUCCUACCUGUCAAAUGUCCUUCAGUCAUUCCCUAAAAAACAAUGUGAUCCAUAAUCUUUAAAGAGUUGCGGAAUACCAUCAUCAGUGUCCUACCAAGUGCAGUCUGAAGUGCUGUAUUGUGCUGCUGUUCUAUUGCAAAUCUAAGGAAAAUAGGAAGGCCAAAAUAAUGAAGAGAUGAAGGUCACUUUGCAUUUAUUGUCCAUAUGAUGCAAUGUUUUGUAAAUAUUUUUUUUUCUUCAGUUUAUUAAAAGGAAGCUAAGUCGAA